AUGGCAACUAUCGACCCAGACCCAGACGUUGCCCUCUCCAUCGCCAACCACCCAGCAACGAGACUCCCAGGUCCCAGUCUCCUUCAUCACCUCGUACAACACCGCUCCGAAACAAGAGACGAUGAUGCACUCGCCAUUGACUACCUCGCCCCUGAUGGCUCGCGAGUCUCACUGUCAUAUCAUGAGCUGCAUCGAAGAUCCGACGCCUUGGCGGCUAGGAUAUCGUCUCUCGCCGGGCCGGUAACUGACAACAACAUUCAACUCAUUGUUCCGGUACUCAUCCCCCAAUGCCCAGAUUUGUACAUUGCCCAACUGGCCAUCCUCAAAGCAGGAGGAGCUUUCUGCCCGCUUAACCUGGAUAUUCCCCUGGAGAGAGCAAAGUUCAUCUUGAAUGAAGUCUCAGCUGCGCUCGUCAUCACCACCCCGGAGCUGGCGGAGAGGGUAUCUGAGGAUGAGACGGGCAAGAGGGUUCUCAUACUCACCGAUGAGGUCUUCACAUCGACAGAGACAGUCGAACACAGGCAACCAACACCAACCAAUUUAGCCUACGUCAUGUACACCUCCGGCUCAACAGGAACUCCCAAAGGCGUGCCCAUCACCCACGAUUCUGCCACUCAGUCUUUGCUAGCACAUGAUCGACACAUCCCUGAGUUCUCGCGGUUCCUCCAGUUUGCCGCACCAACCUUUGACGUCUCCGUCUUUGAGAUUUUCUUCCCGCUGUUCAGGGGAAAGACACUCGUGAGCUGUAACAGAUCGGCCAUGCUCAAUGACUUGCCUGGGGUUAUCAAUGAGUUGGAAGUGGACGCUUGCGAGCUUACGCCAUCGGUCGCUGGAAGUUUGUUGCGCAAGAGAGAGAACGCACCCGGUGUGAAGUUGCUCCUGACCAUCGGUGAGAUGCUUACGGAGCCUGUCGUUCGCGAAUUCGGUGGCGAUGGUACCAAGGAGAGUAUCCUCUGGGGCAUGUACGGCCCAACCGAAGCAGCUAUCCACUGCACCGUCCAACCCGCAUUUGCUGCGGACUCUGUCCCCGGCCUAAUCGGCUUCUCCUUCGAUACUGUCUCCUCUUUCAUCCUGGCUAUGCCAGAGGAGGGAGACGACGCCUCAGAGAUUAAGGUUGUCCCCCUCGGCGAAGUUGGUGAACUCGCCAUCGGCGGCCAUCAACUAGCUCCCUGCUACCUAAACCGCCCAGAAGUCACAGCUGAAGCUUUCGUCUACCACCCCGUCUACGGUCUGCUCUACCGCACAAAGGACAAGGCGCGCAUGCUCCCAGAUGGCACAAUGCAAUGUAUGGGUAGAAUUGGCGACGGCCAAGUCAAACUCCGCGGUCAGCGCAUAGAGCUAGGAGAAAUCGAACAUGCCGCUUUGCGUACUCCGGGGUGCCACUCCGCUUUUGCAGCGGUGAUCAAGGGAAUCCUGGUCCUCUUUUGCGCUGUCGACUCUGUCGAUUCCAUGCCCACCAAGAUUGAAGACUUGUGCAAAGCCUGGCUGCCGGGAUUCAUGGUCCCCGGUGACAUUAUCGUCAUGAAGGAAUUCCCUCGCUUGGCGUCAGGAAAGGUGGACAGAAAGGGACUGGUGGCGGAGUACGAAGCCAUCCAAGCUAGUGGGCCGCCAAAAGAGGAAGAGUGCAGGGAUGAGAAGGAGAAGCAGAUCCAUGUGUUGGUGCAAAAUAUCCUGGGAGUUGUCGUGCACCCGACCCAGAGUUUGAUGCAUGCGGGCAUGGACUCGUUGAGUAUUAUCAAGCUCGCGAGCGCGUUGAGAAAGACGACUGGCGUGCAAAUUGGGGCGAAUGAGAUCCUGGGGGUUCGAACAAUAAGAGCUCUAAGGGAAGUUAUUAAGGAUCUUGAGGCUGAGGGCACCAAUGAUGAGGAGAACCAGGGAGAGGAGAUGAGGACGUUUCAGCCGGCUGAAAUUGCGGUCAACAACGACUUGCUGAAGGGACGGAUUGAGGGUAUUGAGGCUGUACUGCCUUGUACGCCGCUCCAGACUGCGAUGUUAUCCGAGACGACGGCCAACCCGAGGGCAUACUGCAAUUGGUUGAAGCUCAAGUUUCCGGAGGGCUGCAUGGAGAUGGAUGUCCGGUCGUGGUUUCUUCAGCUGGCGCAGUCAAACGAGGCCCUAAGGACUGGGUUCGUUCACCAUGGCGGCCAAUUCCUGCAGGUCAUCUUCACCUCCUUUGACGACUCCCUGAUCUCGGUGGCCGACAACAUUUCCGAGGAGUUCUCCUUCUUCGGCGAUGACGACUUCCUCCGCCCCUUCCGCAUCUUCCUCUCCCCUCCCUCAGCCACAUCACCUAUCACAGCCGUCCUCCAGAUCCAUCAUGCCAUCUACGAUGGCUGGUCAACAGACCUCCUCCUCUCCGACCUCCACUCCUUUAUCAACGAUUCCACUCCUAAUUCCCGUCCCUCAUUCCGCGCCGUCGCAACCUACUGCCACUCCGCCCCUUACCGCCGCUCUUGCAACUUAGCCCGCGAAUUCUGGGCUCAACACCUCGCCGAUUUCCAACCUCCUUCAACCCCGGAACUGCGACCCGACAUCGCUCUCUCUUCCACUGUGCAGUCCCACUCCGUCCAUCUUCCGUCUCUUUCUCCCCAGCACGUCAAGUCCGUCCUUCGCGAACUGGAUUGUACCCCACAAGUCCUCUUCCAAGCUGCUUUGUCUUGGCUAUGGAGCGUUUACGUCGGAAGUCAAGACGUGGUCAUCGGCACUGUAACAUCGGGAAGAACGAUUCCAGUGCCGGGUAUUGAGGAGAUCGUCGGACCGUGCAUUGCUACGGUGCCGCUGAGGACGGAUUUGGGAGGUGUAAGGACGGUGAGAGAUCUGUUGGGGAGUGUGCAGGCGGUGGGUAGGGAGGUGGGUAGGCACAGCGUGUUGCCACUGAAGGAUAUUAAGAGGGUUGCGGGGAUCAAGGCCGGGCAGAGUCCGUUUGAGGUGCUUUUUGUCUACCAGGAGACACUCGACAACCUGACUGGGGAUGCGGAUAAGGGCGAGAAGGGGAAGGUUGUGGAGCUGGAACAAGGACGGGACUGGCUCGAGACGAAACUUCUCGUUGAAGUCGAGCCCCAACAGGAUCGGUACGACCUGGCGCUCACAUAUCACACUGAUGCAUUUACGGAGGCACAGAUCGCCGUCAUGGGGGAACAAUUGAGUGUUCUUGUUGAGGCUAUGCUCAACAGUUUGGACGCGGAAGUAUCAUCGCUUAAGAAUGUCUUCCCAAAGAGCCUGUUGUCGAUCUACAACGAACAGCCAAAGAUGCUUGAAGGCGUGCCAGAUUUGGCGAAGGCCGUCGAGUCGGCUGUUGAGAGGAACCCGGAUCAGGAGGCACUUUGCUUCGCGGAGACGAUUGCGGAAGAUGGCACCGUGGAAGCGAAGAGUGUGAGCUAUCGGGAGUUGAAUGCAACGGCCAACAAAAUUGCCUGGCUGUUGAAAAGUCAAGGCGUGGAGGAGGGAGAUAUCGUGGCCAUUGUCAUGGAGAAGUCGGUGCUUCUUUAUGCGGGGAUAUUGGCAAUCCUCAAGGCUGGAUGUGCGUAUCUGCCGCUGUUAUCCAGUACGCCGGUGGAAAGGAUUAAGACAGUUUUUGGCCAGGCGGGUGUUCAGUUUUGUCUCACUGAUACUUUAUCCAAGAUGAAGCUCGCACAAGUCACGGGUGUCGAGUCCCUGGAUCUUGGGACGACCGAUUUCGAGGGGCUUUCCAAUGAGAACCUCAACAUCCCAGCCGACACCUCCCGCGUCGCCUACAUCAUCUACACCUCCGGCUCUACCGGCGUCCCCAAGGGUGUUUGCGUUACCCAACUCAACAUGGUCAGCAAUCUCGACGUCUUAUCUCGCAUUUACCCAUCUAUCCCCGGCAAAUCCCGCCUCCUUCAGUCCUGCUCCCAGGCCUUUGACGUCUCAGUCUUUGAGAUCUUCUUUGCCUGGACCCAAUCAUUGACCCUCUGCUCUGGCACCAACGACACUCUCUUUGACGACCUCGAACGCUCCAUCCGUUCACUCGGUAUCACUCACCUCUCCAUGACGCCUACCGUUGCCUCCCUUGUUUCCCCUGAACAUGUCCCCAACGUGGAAUUUCUGGUGACAGCAGGCGAACCUAUGACUCCCGCGGUUGCAAGCAAAUGGCACAAGCAGUUAUGGCAGGGGUACGGACCGUCAGAGACGACAAAUAUCUGCUCCGUCAAGCGCAUGGUUGUCCCUCCCCGUCACAGCCGUCACAGGAUCCGACAUUUGGGUUUCACCUUCCCCAAUACCAGCGCGUUCGUGGUGUACCCCGGCACUGACUCCGAUAAGCUCGAGCUGGUUGCCGUGGGUGGAUUCGGCGAGCUUUGUUUCGGUGGAGAUCAGGUCGUUAAGGGUUAUCUGGGGCAGGAUGAACUGACGAGCGAAAGGUUCGUGGUGCACGAGGAGUGGGGGAGGGUGUAUAGGUCGGGUGAUCUGGGUAGGAUGCUGGCCGAUGGUAGUUUGGUGAUCUGGGGAAGGGCGGAUGAGCAGGUUAAGGUCAGGGGACAGAGGGUUGAGUUGGGUGAGGUUAAUGCUGCUGUGCAGGCGGCGGCCCAGAUAGGUGCUGGACAUAUGUCUGGAGGUAAGUCGGUGGAGAAAGCGGAUGGGGUGGAAGAAAAGGGGGUCGUAGGAAGGAGCGGGAAGAGGGAUGGCAACGGGGUCGAGUGCGCGACGCUGUUCCUCAGGUCGAAGAAAGGAGCGGCUUCUACUGGCUCAGAGCAAGGGCAAAUCGUCAGCUUCUUCGUCCCCGGUACCAAUGGCCGCGAAACAGCAUUUCAGAUCCUCGAACUCGACGAUAUCCUCAAACGCGAAGUUCGCUCCAUCUUCCAAUCCGUCGAGGCACGAGUACCAAGCUAUAUGAUCCCCUCGUUCAUUAUCCCCCUCUCCAAGCUGCCCGUCACAGCAUCUGGCAAACUCGACCGCCGCCUCCUCGAAGAGAGCUUCACCUCCUUAACCCACGAGUACCUCGCUUCCGUUAGCCCUUCCAUUGGCUCCAGCGACAGCGAUGAUGACAGCGGGGAGUGGUCAGAAACCGAGAGCAAAGUCGCAGAAAUUGUUUGCCGCAUCUUUGCGGUUAACAGGAGCAGUGUGCAGAGAUGGACGCCCCUCACGGCUUUCGGAUUGGAUUCCAUUUCUGCUAUCGAGCUCUCCAAGCAGCUUUCAUCAUACCUCGGCGGCAAGCGCCUCGCAAUCUCAGCGAUCCUCCGAAAUGCUGCCGUUGCGAGAAUCGCGUUGGCGUUGUCCGAGUCGCUCUCUUCCGAUUCCUCGGCAGCGGCACCAGCAGAAGAGGAUGCGGAUGCGGAUGCGACGAAUGAGAAAGUCCUGGAGCCGUUGGUGCCAGAAGAGCUUGCCCAAGCUAUUAAUGAGCAGUUCAAGGAGAAGGGAAAGAAGGUAGAAAAGGUGUUGCCUUGUACACCGCUGCAGGAGGGCAUGCUUGCUGCUUCUGUUGGAAGAGGGCGCGGGGCGUAUGUGAACAAGAUGCUGCUGAAGCUCGGAGCUACUUGCGAUGUGGAAAGCUUGACAACGUCGUGGGCCAAGGCUUGUCGGAGGCAGGGGAUUCUGAGGACGGCUUUUGUAUCCACUGAGGAUUCGGAGCGGCCAAUGAUCCAGGUCGUAUUGGAAAGUGGGAGUUGGGAGGUUCCAUGGUUGGAGUUUGGUGUUUCUUCAACCGACGAUGUGCAUGAAGUCAUCGAGAAGCAUGUUUCAACUCUCUCAGAGCCGGUCGACACUUUUGAACCGCCUAUCUCGCUUGCUAUCAUCAACAGUGGAGACGACAGGUUCCUGUCAUUCAUAUGCCACCAUGCUCUCUACGACGGAGUAGCCAUCCAGCGCUUGCUCUACGAAGUCGAACAACUUCUUGCCGGCAAUGAUCUCCCGCCCCCGCCGAAAUACGAGCCGUUCCUACGCGAGAGUCUGGCACUUGCAUGGGCACCGGAGACGGAGACGUUCUGGAGGGAGCAGCUCGCAGAACUGCGUCUUCGUCUACUAACCAGAUCGUUCCACUUCUCCUCUUCCAGCUCAGCUGAAUUGCCAGCGCCGGCUUUACUGACAAACCCCAUCCCCACUCCCCUCAGUCAGAUUCUCAGCAAGACCAAGCAUUCAGGCGUCUCACUUCUCUCCCUUGUCCAAGCCUCGUGGGCCACCGUCUUGUCUGUGCUACUGAGGACGGAAGAUGUAUGCUUCGGCAAUGUACUCAGCGGCCGGACCCUGCCAAUUGAGGGAAUCGAUGAGCUCGUGGCGCCUUGCUUCAACACGGUCCCGGUGAGGAUGAGGUUGGAUGACCUCCAGGAAGGCAGGAAUCUUGAUCUGGUCAAGGCUUUUGGGCAACUGGGGGCUAGAAUCCUCGAGGGCCCCGGGUUUGCUUCUUUGCGGAAGGUACAAGGACUUGUCCAAGCCCAAGAGAAGCUUUUUGAUACUCUUCUGUUGCUGCAACAAGGCGGAGGAUAUGGGGAAAAGGAGAACAACGUGUGGGAAGUGGUGAGGGAUGAGGGUGGUAUGGAUGUCCCGAUCGUGGUUGAGUUCGUGCCUGAUGCGAAGAAGGAUGAGUUGCUGGUGAAUUUGUAUCUGGAGGGUGGACACUUCUCUAAGGAGUUCGCCAACCUGGUUCUCGAUCUCCUCUUUACCACCCUCGAAAACUUUCUGCAGUACCCAGCCUCGCACAUCUGGCGAUUCGAUACCCUUCCCGCAAGCCUGAAAGACAAGCUCACACAGCUGCCUUUCGAUGAUACCGGAGCAUCAACCUCGUCGGCCCCUCAUGUCCAAGAAAACGACGCAAAGGAAGAAGAGUGCUCCGAUCUUGAGUCCCGUAUCCGCAAUGUCCUUAUCUCGCUCAUGACCAACAAGGACCGUCGCAUUGGAAGACAGACGACCAUCUACCAAGUCGGUCUAGACAGUAUCUCUGCCGUGCAAAUCGCUUCGAUGCUGCGGAAGGAACUAGGUUCUGAAGGUAUGAAGGUCAACGCCAGCGAUGUCAUUGCGCAUCCUAGCUGUGCUGGGUUGGCUGCCUUUCUUGGGGGCCAGAAGGGUAACAGCAAGGCUGCUGAUACCGAGCCAAAGACCGUCACGUAUGACACCGCAAAAUUCGGGGAAGAGGUCCAGUCCCAGCUUGAACUGCAGCUUGCGUCCCAAAGAGUUCAACUCAAGAACGUGGAGAAGGUUCUGCCUUGUACCCCGUUGCAGUCAGGAAUGUGGAUGCAGUUCGUGCGGUCUGCCCAGAGCGGAGGGAGGGAUUACCUCAACUUUCUGGAGUACCGGGUCGACAAGAGUGCCGGCAUUAAGCUGCAAGACUUGGAGAAGGCGUGGGAGAUGCUCUUCCAGGGGCAACCCAUCCUCCACACUGGCGUUAUGGCCGUUGAGCAUGACGACUGCGCUUUUGCUAUGGUUCAAUACCAGCCUGACGCCGUCAGCAAGCCGGUGAUUGCGAUCAAGGGUCAGCCCUUUGAUGUUGAGAAGUGGCGGGGUGAUCUCGCUGGCGGCAUCCUGAGCGGACAGCAGCCCGUGCCGUGUGGUGUUGCUCUUAUCGAGGACGAUGAUGGGUUGACGAUGCACGUCGGCAUGCAUCACGUCCUCUACGACGCCCAUUCUCUGCAAGUCCUCAUAGCGGAACUGAGAAAAGCCAUUUCUGGCCAAUCCUUGAUCCCGCUGGCGCCGACUGAAACUGAAGUCGCCGUGGCCGAUAUCCUGACGCAGAUCGAGACUUCUAGAGAGACGGCGGAGGAGUUCUGGAAGGGGCAGGCCGAAAAGACUGUCAUCAACAGUUUCCCUGUGAUGACGCCCUUGAAGGAGCCGAUGAGGAAGAUCCAGAUUGAAGCGCUGCAAGGGGGCCUAUCAUUGUCGGAGCUGGAGAAAGCCGCGGCGGAGUCGGGGUAUAGCAUGCAAGUGCUCAUCCAGGCUUCCUGGGCCCGGGUGCUGUCGGCAUACUUGGGAGAAGCGUCGGUGACGUUUGGUGUGGUUCUUUCUGGAAGGAACACGGAAGCGACGAGGGAUGCAGUCUUCCCGUGCAUUACCACGUUGCCGGUCAUCGCUGCUAACACCACGAGCAACGAAGAGUUGCUACAGGGAAUGAUGAAGUACAAUGCCGAGCUGUACAAGCAGCAACAUCAGCCGUUGGCGAAGAUUCAGCAGUGGCUUGGAAGGCCGGACACGGGACUAUUUGAUACGUUGGUCGUUUAUCAGAAGUUUUCAUCGAACAUCUCCAUGGCUGGACAGCAAGCGCCAUGGAGCCUGGUCGAGGAUGCUGCGACGAUCGACUACCCCGUCUCCAUCGAAGUCGAGCCUCAACCCAACGGAGAGGUGAAGUACGCCGUCACUUUCUUCGACGACGUCCUCCCUCGUGAGCAAGCUCAGCUUGUGUUGAAGCAGUUCCAAGCGAUGGUGGAGUACCUCGCUUUUCACCCCUCUGCCGACGAGGAUGAACUCUUGGAGCUGCGGCCGGAGCUGUUCGCUAUCCUUCCUCCGGAAGAGCCCGUUUUACCAGUACCGGACAACAUCAAGUUCCUCCAUCAGUUUGUCGAAGUUCAGGCUCUCAAGACUCCAGAAAAGACGGCCCUGUUCUUUGCUGAUGGAUUUGACCCCCGUGGAAACCCCUUGGGGAGGGAGUGGAGCUACCGCGAGCUGGAUGCCAACGGAAAUAGGGCUGCACACAUGUUGUCGGAACAUGUCAAGGUGGGAGAUAUAGUGGCGGUGUACUUUGACAAGUGCCCUGAGGCGUUCUUUGCUAUCUUGGGUGUCCUGAAGGCGGGAUGCUCGUUUGUAGCACUGGAUCCUGGAGCGCCGGAGGCAAGGAAGGAGUUCAUUGUCAAAGACUCAGGGGCUACCGCGUUGCUGACCACGGUUGGAAAGGCCGAAAAGAUGGACUUCGUAGUGGAAGUGCCUGUGUUGGGCGUUGAUCUCGAGGCUUUGGAGGGAUUGUCAGCCGACCCUCCGGUCCUCGAUCGGGAGCUCCUCCCAUCUGAUGCGGCAUACUGUCUCUACACCUCCGGCACAACCGGCACCCCCAAAGGUUGCGAGAUUACACACGACAACACAGUCCAAUGCAUGCUCGCCUUCCAGCACAUCUUCACUGGCCACUGGGAAGACACAUCCCGCUGGCUCCAGUUCGCCUCCCUGCACUUCGACGUCUCGGUUCUCGAACAAUACUGGUCCUGGUCCGUGGGUAUUACCCUCGUCGGCGCUCCUAAGGACCUGAUUCUCGAAGAUCUCGCGGGGACCAUCUCCCGAUUGGAGAUUACGCACAUCGACCUCACUCCUUCUCUGGCUAGGUUGUUGCACCCCGAUGAUGUCCCGUCCUUGUGUCGUGGCGUGUUCAUCACUGGCGGAGAGUCCCUGAAGCAAGAGAUUCUGGAUGUGUGGGGUGACAAGGCGGUUAUUUAUAACUUCUACGGUCCGACGGAGGCGACGAUUGGCGUGACGGUGUACCCGAGAGUUCCCAGGAACGGGAGGGCGAGCAAUAUUGGGCGGCAGUUUAUCAAUGUGGGUUCGUACGUCCUCAAGCCAGGAACGGAUAGGCCUGUUCUUCGCGGCGCUGUUGGCGAGUUGUGCGUCUCCGGCAAGCUGGUUGGUAAAGGGUAUUUAGGGAGGGAAGAUUUGACCAAGGAGAGAUUUCCUACUUUGCGGGUACUUGGCCAAGAGGAGAAGGUGUACCGCACUGGUGACCUGGUCCGAGUUUUGCAUGAUAAUUGCUUCGACUUUUUGGGUAGAGCGGAUGAUCAGGUGAAGCUUAGAGGGCAGAGGUUGGAGAUCGGAGAGAUUAGUCAUUCGAUCAAGGUGGGUGUGGAGGAGGUGCAGGAUGUGGCAACGGUGGUGAUUCGCAACGAAAAGGCCGGAAAGGAUUUCUUGGUUGCUUUCGUGACGACUGCCAUCAGAAAGAAGGGGGUGGAGCAGCAGAAGCUGGAGGUGAUCAAAGACGGAAAUGACACAGUUGAGCUGGUACACAAGGUCAGACAAGCCUGUCGCGCAAAGCUCCCCGGGUACAUGGUUCCGACAUACGUCGUCCGUCUGCCGUACAUGCCACUCAGCGCCAACAACAAAGCAGAGAUCAAAGAGUUGAAACGUCUCUUCUCCUCACUGACCCAGGAAGAGCUGGCCAGCUUCUCCCCCUCUGCCUCCGGCGCCUCCGGUAGCUUGACUCCAACCGGCCAGAAAGUCGCCGCCGUCGUCGCCAAGAUGCUCUCUAUCUCUCCUGACAUCAUCGCCCCCUCCACUUCUAUCUUCGAACUAGGCCUCGACUCCAUUUCCGCCCUCCGCUUUAGCCGGGCGCUCAAGCGAUCCGGUUUUGCUCAAGCUUCUCCGUCACUGAUCCUCAGCCACCCGCUCAUUGCCGACUUGUCACGUGCCUUGGACUCAGGCAAAGCGCAGUCUAACACCGCCCAAGUUGCCGCGGCAAAACAGCUCGUGCAAGCAUCCCAGCAUCGCCACUUGGCAAACGUGUGCAAAGAGCUGGACGUGAAGAGAGAGGAGGUGGAGUAUGUGGCGCCUUGUACGGGGUUGCAAGCCGGUAUGAUUGCCAGGAGGGAGAAGUAUUAUAAUACCUUCCGGUUCAAGGUGGCGGAGGGUGUGGAUGUGGAGAGGUUGGAGAGUGCAUGGGAUGAGGUGGUGGAGGAGUACCCGAUUCUGAGGACCAAGUUCGUGCAGACAACCGAGGGAUUUGUCCAGGUUGCUGUCAAGCCUGGAGCAACGGAUUCAAGGCUGGCUUGGAAGCGGUUGAAGGUUGAGGAAGAGGCUGAGGUGGAAGAGACGGUGAAGGAGACGAGAAGGGAGUGGCUGCGGGACAAUGCCGAGGGGGUCAUCAAACGCACGAUGGAACUCCAGCUGUUUAAUACUCGCAAGCCCGAUUUGGUGGAAGAGAGGCUUUUGGUGUUGCACAUCUUCCACGGCAUCUACGACGCCAACAGCUUGGAGCUGAUCCUCAAGAAGGUGGCCUCUGCAUAUCGUGGCGAGGCCGGUCAGAUUGAGAAGGAACCAUCCUUCCUCAAAGCCCUCUACCAUGGACCCCUUCAAUCUUUCUCCCACUCCAAAACCUUCUGGCUUUCACAUCUCAGGAGCGCCACACCCGAGCCGACCUUCGCCGUCACCGAAAGCGCCAGCACAAAAGCCCUCAGUUCCCACAGAACUACCCCUUUCACUCUCCAGAAUUUGACCAAAACUCUAGGAGUAACCACUCACUCCCUCCUCCAAGCUGCUUGGGUCGCCGUUUUAGCCAAACAGCUCGGUGUCAGAAACCCAACGAUCGGAGUGAUUGUUUCGGGACGUGCUAUCAAGCUUGAGGGUGCCGAGCGCGUCGUUGGCCCGCUUUUCAACACGCUGCCGUUCCAUGCUUCGGUCGGCAAUGGGGAAGGAGGAGUGAAGUACAAGGAGCUGGUGAAGAUUUGCCAUGACUGGAAUUCAAAGGUGGUGGAAUGGCAGCAUGUACCGCUGAGAAAAAUCCAGAAGUGGUCUGGAAAGGCCGGGAAGGGGCUGUUUGAGGUGUUGUUUUCGUUCCAACAGGAGCAGUCUUCAAAGCCCCAGAAAGUGGAAGUGGCAGGUAUAAUUAAGGGGGAGGAGUUGUGGACAGUCAUGGACGAGGAGGUCGAUAUGCAGGCUGAUUAUCCGCUGGCGCUUGAGGCGACUUUGACGAGUGAUGGGGAGGUGAGGUUGUUGAUUGUUGCACAGGAGGCGGUGGUUGGUAAGGAGGUGGUGGAGGGGUUGAUGGAGGGCUUGGUGGAGGUUUUGAGUGAGAUAGGGGAGGAUCCGGAGGGUUUGAUUAUGGGUGGUGAUGGGGCUAACUCAGUCAUGGAGCAGCAAGAACCUAAAGAGGUGGCUGACAACGUGGAGGACAUCAAGGAGAGGAGGGGAAACUCCGGGUUUGUCUGGACUGAGGCGACCAAGAUAAUUCGCGAACAGAUUGGGACUCUGGCGGAGGUGGCUGUUGACACGGUCACCGAGACGACGUCAAUCCUGGAGCUUGGUCUGGACAGUAUCGACACUAUCAAGCUUUCUGCGCGGUUGAGACAGCUGGGUGUCAGCAUCAAGCCAAGCGAGUUGAUGAAGGGACAGACGAUUGAGGGAUUGCUUCCUUACUUGAAGGAACAAACGCUCGCGAAUGGCGCGCAAGCGAACGGCGACCAAUUACUAGGGAAGGUCUCCCCUAGCCCAUGGGAGAAAUUCGUUGACAAGAUUCGCGGGGAACAAGAUGAGGAAGAUGUCGAAGCAAUCUUCCCCGCCACUCCUCUCCAAGAUGGCAUGGUCGCCGAGAUGAUCCACUCAGACUUCCAGCUGUACUUCAACCACGACAUCAUGGAGGUUGAGCCGCACAUCGACCUGGGCAAGCUCAAGAUUGCGUGGCAAACCGUGAUCGCCGACUCCCCGAUCUUGCGGACGUCCUUCUUCAUGGUGGAUGAUCCCAUGUUGGAGUGGGCUUAUUUGCAGGUUGUCCACCGUCAACUUCCCAAAGAGGCCAUCAGUGAGAUGGAAGUUGAAAGCGAGGAAGGUCUAUUCAUCAUCGCCGAAUCCGCUACCGCCCGCGCUCGGAAAGCUGAUGGAAAGUCCGACCUUCUGCAACUGAUGUUUGCGACACUGGGUGACAGGAGAUUUGUAGUUCUUUCAAUCGCCCACGCCCUCUAUGACGGGUGGUCCCUCUCCCUCCUCCACCAAGAUGUUCAAGCCGCUUACGAGGGCCGGUACACACCCCGCCCAUCGUACGAAGCAUACCUGAAGGACAUCAUCCGCUCAGGCGAUGACCGAUCGACCUCUUUCUGGUCUGGAUACCUGGCGGGCGCGAAACCAACGUUUUACCCCAAGCUUUCCCCUGAUCAGUCCUCAGUCGUCUACCGGCACGAAACCGUCUCCCAGCUCGACUUCUCCAAGAUCAAGUCUUUCACCAAGCAGCACGCCAUAACUCUUCAAACACUUGGCCAAGCCUGUCAUGCCGCCGUCUUAGCAACCGCCACGCGCAGCCUAGACGUCAUGUUCGGUGUCGUUCUCUCCGGCCGCGCCGCCUCAGAGGAAGCUGAACAGCUCAUGUUCCCUACCAUGAACACGGUGGCAGUCAGAAGCGUGCUGCAUGGAGAUGUAGGAGGGUGGUUGCGGUACAUGCAAAGUGUUGCGAACGAUAUCGGUGGGAGGGAACAUUUCCCUCUCAGAAAGAUGCAGCGGUUGGUGGAAGGGGGUGGACAGCUUCUCAACACGCUCUUUGUACUCCAAAGAGGGGUGCCCGGCGGUAACACAGGGGCAGAUGGUGAAGUGCUGGUGAGGUCAGUGGUUGGAAGUUCAGCGGUUGAAUACCCCGUCUGUGUGGAGAUGGAGGUUGUUUCUGGCGCAGAUGGGGGGGAGAAGUUGGUUUGGAGAACGGCGUGCGAUUCGCAAUUUUUGAAUGAUGAGAAGGGGGCGGAGGAGUUGCUGGAGAGGUUGGAUAAGGUGUUGAGGUAUUUGGUUGACGGUGGAGAGAAGAGCGUUUUGGAGUUUGAAGGAGGCAAGAUGAGUGUCUGUGGGUUGGACGGUUUUACUCCGGCAGCUGAUGAAGACACUGUCCCCUUUGAUGGCGGGGAUCUGGUAGACGAUGCAGAUGUUGGUGGAGAGUGGUCGGAUCUGGAGGAGAACAUCAGGUCUGUCCUGGCAGAAGUUGCUGGCCUGGAGGUAUCCUCGGUCCAGAAGGGCAACAACAUCUAUCACCUCGGUCUGGACUCCAUUUCCGCCAUCAAGGUCGUUUCUCUCCUGCGAAAAAAGGGGGUAUCCAUUCCGCUCCGCCAGCUGUUGAAGGCAAGGAGUAUCUCUGCCAUGGCUCAGGCUGCUACUGUUGCCGAAGAGCAGCCUGCUGCGACCUCUACCGAAUCCCCGGCUCCGAACGAAAACAAUCAUAGUAGCAACACCAUCAACGACACCUCUCUCCCUCCACAGGAUGUCGACGCAACGCACAUCGCUACCCUCCUCUCCCAAUCCGGCAUCAUCUCCUCCUCCGCUGAGCUGAUAACCGACAGAAUCGUGGCCGUCCUACCCGCCACGGCCAUGCAAGUCCACAUGCUUUCCGUCUGGCAUAAUACCCGUGGCGAUGUCUUCCACGCGACAUUCACUUAUCGUCUGACCGGCAGCGUCAGCAAGUCCACCCUCUCGGAUGCUUGGAAGUCUCUGGUUGUUGAGUUCCCCAUUCUGCGGACCAUGUUCUUGGCGAAUGACCAGCCCGAGACGCCGGUAGUACAGGCCAUUCUCACACCCGAUGCUGUCGUUAAUAACUCAGUCGAAGACAGCGAUCCAAGACAGUGGUCAAGCAUGUCAAGCAAGGGUCAAAUUGGAUUAGUCCAGCCGUUUAACUCCAUGGGUGGUCAACAGGCUGACAAUGGGGAUUGGAUUUUGAGAUUCAAGAUCCAUCAUGCUUUGUACGAUGCGUUGAGCUUGCCAAUGAUGAUUGACCGGUUCACAGCCUUGUGCGCCGGUGCCAGAAUCACUGGGGAAUCGGGCAAGUCCAAGUCACUUGAGGUCUGGAAGGGGUAUACCCGACAGCGGACGCAGCAGAGAGCGAGGGCGAAGCAGUUCUGGACGGAAUACCUCGCUGGCGCUGAGUCGACACCAAUCGACCCCAUCGUGGACAUUAUGGCGACAAAUUCGUCAACAGAAUCACAGGCACCCACAACGGCAUCAGCUCCAGAGAAGGCAGAGGAAACACCAUCACCGCAGUCCACCUGGCUACCAGACUUCCUCCGACCGUUGGUAGACGGACUUUCUCGUCUCCUGUCAGGGACCAUAACCAUAUGGCAGUCGGCCCCAGCUCUAGAGCAUCAACCCCAACAACCCUCGCGGCGCGUCUCUCUAGUCCAACACGGUGCCAUUGCAGACAUCUCCAGGAUCAAGAAGCUGUGCGCCAUGGCCGGGGUCUCAAUCCAAGCCCUCUUCUUCGCUGCUUACGCACGUUUUCUAUCUGAAACUGCCCCCGCUGAGGGAAAAUGGAGCGACGUGGUCUUUGGGGUCUACCUCGCCAACCGCUCCUCCGAGCUGUCCGAAAUCCCAUACCCAACUCUCUGCCUUGUGCCCUUGCGCGUUCGAGUCCAAGAAAGUCUGCUGAGCAUGGCCAAGCGAAUCCAAGAGGAUCUGUACAAGAUCUCUGAUGUUGAGAAUGUUGGCGUGGGACUCUGGGAGAUCAAGGAGUGGACUGGAGUGGUGGUGGAUGGGUUUGUGAACUUUUUGAGUGUGCCUAUGCCUUCUUCCGACUACAACAGCAACGAGGCAGGCAAGGACGAGCAAGAGAAGGUGAUGAGGAUGGAGCUGGUGAGCGAGGAGGAAGUGAAGGUGAUGGGAGAGACCGGAGAGCAGCAGGAGUUUGUGCUGCCUGAGGAGCUCGAGAACAAUGCGGUUAGGGGGGUUUAUCCGGACACAAUCGAUGUGGAAUUUGCCAUCGAUGGUGACGCGGUUACGAUGGGCGUGUUUGGGUUGAAGUAUAAGCUCGGUCCGGAUGGGCCUCGGUUUGUAAUUACAGAGAUGGUCAAGGCGUUGACGGCAUUGUAG